AUGGCCAGUAUUAGAUCCGAUCAAUCUAGCUGUCGCUUCUCCAAGCGAAUCUCAUUCCGAUGGGUCACAGCGCCCGCUGAGGAAACAACCGAUACAGUCGUGAUGUCCGUGAAGAAUUGGUACAUUGAUCUGCGAAUCGAAACGGCAACCGGCAAAACAGACUGGGCGAUUGCUGGGGAGAGGAUUGUGGAAAGUCAAGAGCCGUUGCGGGUGACAUUCUCCCAUGAGCUUGAUUCUCACAACGCAUUUGAGACUGUUGAUUGUGGGACCUUUGUUCCCUUGCCGAAUGGCGAUGAUCUCGAGAUGGGGUCCAUGCCUCGCUAUGAUCUCCCCGGUGCACCUGUCAAGGAGUAUGAGGAGGUGUGGCGGGAGUUGCCAUUUAGAGAGGGCCCCGAGGGGCCUGCAAAAGGGCUUUCGUGGGUGCUGGAGUCGGACGAUGGAGAUUUUGGCAAUGGAGAAGGAGAAAUUACUGUUGAUAAGACUUUUCUCGGUCGCAUCUGGGGAACAUAUUUGGCACUGCGCCAGACGCAGGUUCAUACGCGACAGACGACUCCAUCUGGUGAGCUGGUUAUUAAGAAGUCCGGCGCUGAUGUCAGUGCUAGAAGGGAAGAAUGGGAAUCGGGGUGGAAGGAGAAGUAUUCGGUUGGCGAAGCUGCGGGUGCUUUGCCUUCCAUGAUGGUCGGGUUUGAAGGGGAGGGAGUGGGGUCUUGGAGAAUACCAGGGGAGAAGGUCCAUGUCCAAGGAAAGACGUAUGUCGUUCGAGCUUUCGAGGAAAUUUAA